AUGGAUAGACAACUCAGUAUCAGUAUGAGGGACGCUGCAUAUGGGCUUCCCACUGCAUGUCCCCAUAGUCUUGGGGUUUAUUGCUAUUGCAUGAUGGCUGGAAUUCCCUUCAAUUGCAAGAGAGAUUUGGUAAACUUUGAUCUAGAUUUUAGUCCCAAAAUCAAAUGCAAUAGCUACCUCGGAUACAAAGGAAUUCAGGACUUGAUCAAACAAAAUGUGGCCAAUCUUGAUUUCCACUUGAAUGAAGAGACAAGAGAUCACUCAAUGCUAAUGCAUUCCCACAUAAGAGAUUGGCUUGGCAAAGCUGCAACAUAUGAACUGUGGAUUGAACCUGAGCACACAAGAAACUCAUUAGGAUACCUACUGAGUGGAUUAAGACUUGGGGAAGCUGAAGCUAAGGCACGAUACUUCAGGAGAAAAUCACAACUGAUGGAUUUAGAGGAAGAAGGCAGGUGCAGAAAGAUAGAAGAGCUCUAUAAGUUCGUUUCAUUCACCUAUGAUCAAUUGUCUACAACCUUGGGCACAAAAAGAACCUUCUUUGACGAAAGCUUGGAUGAUUCUAGACCUUCAAGCUUGGAUGCUGCAUUUCUAGGACACGCUAUCUUUGUCAUAAGAAUUUUGCCGGAAACAUCUCGCCUGCGAAAAGAGCUGCUGCAGCGAAGUAAUCUCUGGAACUAUGCCAUACUUGAAGGUGAAAAGAUGAAUUUCAACUUUCAAUGGCCAACCCCAGAAGUUCGUAUUCGGCUCAAAGCAGUACCUCCAGAGAUAUAUACAAACUGGACCAAGCAAGGAUCACUUUUUCAAGGCUUCACUUUCCAGCAUAUGCAGUAUUACACUAAAGAUUUUCAAGAAGAACAAAGAAUCAGUGCAGGGAAUUUUGGUGAUGUCUUCCUUGGUGUUGUUAUAGAUACCUCAUGCCCCGGUUCAGAUUUCACUGGACUCAGAGUAGCAGUAAAGGCUUCCCACUGCAUUAACAGAUCAGAAGAGACACAAUGGAAAGCAGAGAUCAAGUUCAUGUCAAGGAUAGACCAUCCCCGCAUUCUAAAGUUGUGGGGACACUGUUUUCAUCAAGCAAAGAGAAUGCCUAAACCAAAGCUAUUCCUUGUAUAUGAAUUCAUGGAAAAUGGGAGCGUUAGCAGAAGACUGGAAGGUCUUGAUUGGAAUCAAACAAAGAAGAUAGCUAUCGGAUCAGCAGAAGCUCUGCAGGUCUUGCACAUGCAGGAUCCACCAAUUAUUUUUGCAGAUUUCAGAGCGCCAAAUAUAUUACUUGAUAAGGACUUUUUGCCAAGACUAGGAGACUUUGGCCAGGCAGUAGAAGAAGAUGAGAGAUUGCUCUGUUAUAGUCCCGGUUACAAUGACCCGAUGACACUGCGUGAGCGACGCGCUUCAAAGAGCAUGGAUGUGUACAGCAUGGGGAUCCUACUCCUACAGCUUCUUACCAAGGAACAAAACCCCUAUAGAAAUAAUACAUCUCUUGCAAAAUGUGUUCCUGGAGGAUCAGCAGUUCACAUGAGUCUGGUUGACACAGGAUGCAGUCCUGCACACGCAGAGUUAAUGGCAAACUUGGGACUAGAAUGUACCCGUGCAGACUCCUCCCUAAGGCCAACAAUGAAUGAAGUGGUAAAGAUAUUAAAGGCUUUCAUGCUCUGA